AACCGAAUACAGAAUAUGCUCUUAUUAUGCCAACUUGAAAGUCUUCUCUAAGUAUUAUAAAUAUGCUCCACUCCUCUACUCCUUACAUUCCAUCCUCCAUACUAGUACUCCUAGUCUCCUACAACACCUCUUUCCAUACACAUUUAUGUUUGUGUAUUCACUCUCUUCCUCAUAACAGUUGUGUAUUCACCAAGUAGUGUUUGAGGCUCUCAAAAGCAAUGGCAAGAGAUGAAUUGAAAGUGCUUAAUGCACUUGAUGUGGCUAAAACACAAUUGUAUCACUUCACUGCAAUUGUUAUUGCUGGAAUGGGAUUUUUCACUGAUGCAUAUGACUUGUUCUGCAUCUCCCUUGUCACUAAGUUGCUAGGCCGAAUUUACUACCACGUCGAUGGAGAUCUCAAGCCCGGAACGCUGCCUCCUGGUGUCGCGGCUUCAGUUAAUGGUGUCGCGUUUGUUGGCACCAUUGCAGGCCAGCUGUUUUUCGGAUGGCUUGGAGACAAAAUGGGGAGGAAAAGAGUCUAUGGAAUGACACUGAUGAUAAUGGUCAUUUGCUCAAUUGCUUCUGGCCUUUCUUUUAGUGACAAACCGAAAUCUGUUAUGGCUACAUUGUGUUUCUUCAGGUUUUGGUUAGGCUUUGGCAUUGGUGGUGAUUACCCUCUUUCUGCUACAAUCAUGUCUGAGUAUGCUAACAAGAAGACGCGUGGAGCGUUUAUUGCAGCUGUCUUUGCGAUGCAGGGAUUUGGGAUUCUGGCAGGAGGUAUUUUUGCAAUUAUUGUGUCUGCGUCGUUUCAGUCUAGUUUCCCAGCUCCAACAUAUGAAGAGAAUCCUCUGGCCUCUACUGUUAAGCAAGCGGAUUAUGUGUGGAGGAUUAUUCUAAUGUUUGGCGCUAUUCCUGCUGGCAUGACAUACUAUUGGCGCAUGAAAAUGCCUGAAACUGCACGUUACACGGCUCUAGUGGCGAAAAAUGCAAAACAGGCUGCUACUGAUAUGUCCAAAGUGUUGCAGAUGGAGAUCGAUGCAGAACCAGAGAAAGUUGAUGAGGUAACCAAGAAACAAUUUGGUUUGUUUAGCAGAGAAUUUGCUAGACGCCAUGGCCUUCAUUUGCUUGGGACUACCAGUACAUGGUUCUUGUUGGACAUUGCUUUCUAUAGUUCCAAUCUUUUCCAGAAGGACAUUUUCACCAAUGUAGGAUGGCUUCCUCCGGCCAAAACCAUGAACGCGAUUCAUGAGGUUUACAAAAUUGCAAGGGCUCAGACUCUUAUUGCUCUCUUCAGCACUGUCCCUGGUUACUGGUUUACAGUGGCAUUUAUUGAUAAGAUAGGAAGAUUCAAGAUUCAGUUAAUGGGCUUCUUCUUCAUGACUGUGUUCAUGUUUUCAUUAGCUAUUCCAUAUGAUCACUGGAGUCAAAAAGGAAACCGAAUUGGAUUUGUGGUGCUGUACUCACUGACCUUUUUCUUCUCAAAUUUUGGUCCUAAUGCAACCACGUUUGUCGUUCCAGCUGAGAUUUUCCCUGCACGACUGCGGUCUACUUGCCAUGGUAUAUCAGCAGCAUCUGGAAAAGCGGGGGCAAUGGUAGGGGCAUUCGGGUUUCUGUAUGCAUCUCAGAGCCAGGACAAGACCAAGACAGACAAAGGAUAUCCAGCAGGUAUUGGAAUGAAGAACUCCCUUAUAGUUCUUGGUGUUGUCAAUGCACUCGGCCUGUUGUUCACAUUCUUGGUGCCCGAAUCCAAUGGAAAAUCUUUGGAAGAACUGUCUCAAGAAAAUGUAGAAGAAGAGGAGCCGGAGUCAAGGCCACAGCAUAGCAGGACUGUCCCAGUUUAAUCAAGUUAUGUUUGCAGCUACUUAAAAGGGUGAAACUUCAACAAAUAUCUUAAGUAAAGAUGAAAUAAUCUCUAUGUAAUUCUGUUGUACUAUAUUGUUGUAGUCUUUCUAAUUAAACAGUACAUGUUAAGUUUCAAAUAUACGAGAAGUUUUAUGCAUCA